UGAGGGAUUCCCACCAACCCUUUGAGUUCUCAGGUCUGCACAUAUGUUUUUUUUGUCCCAUUAUGAGGGUCUCCCACUAUCUCUAGACAGAGUUCCCCAGGUCUGCACAAUGACUGUCCAUUAUGAGGGGUUCCCACCAUCCCUGUGCUUAGUUCCCAGGUCUGUACACCUGCUGUACCCAUUAUGAUGGGCUUCCACCCUCUAUGCGCUGAGAUAUCUGCUCUGCUACUCUCUAUGUUGAGUUUCCAGACUGGCUGUGCCUAUUAUGAGGAUCUUCCACCCUCCAUGUGCUGAGUUCCCA